GCAGCCUGAAGGCAACGAAGUACUGAUGAAACAUGAAAUUAAAAGUGACGAUUGUUGCGGCGAUUCUAUGGGCAUGCAUGCUACAGGGUGAAGGCUUCAAAAUAUUGAUCGCGGCACCGGUAACAACGAUCUACGUCAAGGAUUCACUAUGUGCCAUAGCAAGAGCCCUCAUCAACAACGGCCAUCAGGUGUCGAUGAUCACUCCUCUUGUUCCUAAUUUUGCUCACAAAAAUCUCAAAGUCAUAAAAAUUGUGCCCAAACUUAAAUUCCUUCAAAAUGUUAAUUUAUUUACUUUAAAUUCAUCGAUCCUGGAAGAACAUACAACAAAAGUGCUCGCGGCGACCGCAGAAGCCAUGUGGGAAGGACUACCAAUGCGAAGAGAGAUGGGAACUUUCGCCAGUUUUGACGCAGUAGUGAUCCCUAAAUUUCUCAAUGAGCUCAUAUACCCAUUCUUGGACGACUUCGACGGAGUUUUCUUAACAUUUACGACCCUAGGGGCCGAACACUACGCGGUGUCCCACAUGCAUGGACUGGAAGUAGGAUAUUGGUUCGUCAAAUCACUACUUGAUGGUCCCUACGUUGGUUCUCACUCGUUAACCGAAAAAUUCAUACUGAGUAUUCUGGAAUUGAGUGACCAUAACUUCAAUCACUCCAAAGUUCAUCCUUCUGCAUCGGAUGCUAUUAAGAAGUAUGACUCACGUUCUAUUGACUUUGAAGAGUAUGAAGAGAAAAGCCGCCUUCGCCUGCUAGAUGGUCACUGGCUGCUGGACGGUCCCUUGGCGCAUACACCAGCAACAGUGGAGGUUGCUUCGCUUACGGCCAGAGAUGGCCAGCCGCUGCCAGACAGCCUCGAAAAGUUCUGGAGGUCGAACUCAUCGCAGGGAAUAAUAUACGUCAGUUUCGGUUCUUACCUGAAAAGUUCAUUCAUACCAACGCACCUAAAGCACACUCUACUGCAAGCGUUCAGCAGCCUGCCCCAUCGAGUGGUGUGGCAAUACGACGGAGUUGAUCUCGACUUACCGGCCAACAUCUUCCGUCAAAAGAUCCUGCCGCAACAAGAUCUUCUAGGGGACAACCGGACGCUGCUAUUCAUCUCGUACUGCAGCGCGUCUGCGAUGCGUGAGGCGGCCUAUCACGGCGUGCCGGUGCUGGCUCUGCCCAUUGCACUCGACCAGCACAAGAACGCCAAGAAACUUGAGGCCCUUGGGGUGGCAAAAAUUCUCGACUGGCGAACGGUUACUGCGGACCAGAUUGUCGGAGCCGCUACUGAACUCACUACUGAUAAAAUGUUCGCUGAAAAGAUGCGCGAAAUUUCUCGCGUAUUGCGUGACGAGAAGGAGCGACCAGGUGACGUAGCAGCCGGGUGGGUGGAGCACGCCAUACUUCACAGGGAGGCACCCCGCCUCCAGCUGCCCUAUGGGCCCGAGCAGUUAUGGGUCCUGGGGGACCGAGACCUGAGGAUGCUGUGGGCAGCUACUGCUGGGGGACUCGGCUUUUUACUGGGAGUGAUUUUGACAAUGAUUUAUGUAUCUGUCUGCCGCUGCAUCAGAAGAUUGAGGCAUAAGGAAAAAUCAGAGUAGUCGUGUGUAACAUUUGGAGUAUUUUUGUUUUGUAAUUAUUUGCAAGCUUCCAACUUCGACAAUGCAGCAUCGUUUCGUGUACUUACAGUGCUUGAACAAUCGAGAAAAUGAAUGCUUAAUUAUACAUUAACCCACUGGAGUUAAAUUGUUUUUACUAAUUUCUAGAAGGACUUCUAAAUUUGUAUGAUAAGCCCCAGAAUGUGA